AUGACUUUCGCCGCAUCCGCGAUUGGGUCGACCUUAUUCCCACGCUUUUUCCGCCCUUUCUCGACUAGCUCACCCUUCCUCUCGUUGACACCUGAAUCCUCCUCCCGGAACAUGUCGGACAGCACGGAAAAGGCGACAGUGGCCGCUGGCUGCUUCUGGGGUGUUGAGCACCUGUAUCGCAAGAAUUUCGGUAAUGGAAAGGGUCUUCUGGAUGCUAAGGUUGGAUACUCUGGUGGUGAGACGUCGGAUCCUUCGUACCGAUCUGUGUGCUCCGGAACGACUGGACAUGCCGAAGCUCUCCAGGUGAUCUAUGAUCCUUCCAUCGUCAGCUACCGCCAGCUUCUCGAAUUCUUCUACCGCAUGCACGACCCCACAACUCUUAACCGCCAGGGUCCCGACUUGGGCACGCAGUACCGCAGUGCCAUCUUCACACACGGCGAGGAGCAGGCCAGGAUCGCCAAGGAGGUCACAGACAAGGUGAGCAAGGAGUGGUACAAGCAGCCCGUCGCCACUCAGGUCGUUCCUGCGGGGCAGUGGUGGAAUGCAGAGGACUACCACCAGUUGUAUUUGAAUAAGAAUCCUUCCGGCUAUGAGUGCCCGGCUCACUUUGUGAGGAACUUCCCUCCGCUUUCCGCCUGA